AUGCAUAAUGAAAAGAAAAUUAAGGAAAUAAAAGAAAGUUUGCGCAACUUUUAAAUAAAACCAAUAACAAUAAUAAAGGGGACUUCUGGAAUAGGAAAGUAAAAUAUAAGAUAAAUAUUUAGGUUGCAUUUGACGAAGAGAAUUUUAUCAGAAUUUAAGUACUAAAUUUUGGAGGUAGAUUCAGCAUUUAGAGAUAUAUGGAUGUUAAAUGAAGUACAUCCUCUAUUAUAUUCAAUGCAAGAUUAACUAGCAAAAAUAGAUGAUUAAAGAGGUAUUGAUAGUGAAGAUAGUUAGUUAUAAUUUUAAAAGAAAUAAGUGGAAUAUUUAAUUAGAAUUCAUUAAGACAAUUGUAAUAAUAAUACACAUAUACAAAAUGCAAUAAGCCAUUAGUAAUAAUUGUAAAUACAACAGUAUUAAAAGAUUAUGAACUGACUAAAAUUUUAAGUUAAGAAUUUAUAAAAAUAUAUUGCAAUGUUAUUUUGCUGAUAAGUCCAACAAACGUAAAGAUUGAAAAAUAUUUGCAUGGUUGUUUUCCAAAAUUAAGUUAGAAUGUUUUACAUUAAGUAAAUAUGAUUUUAUUGACUAAGAUAGCAGAAUUAUCGAAUGGAGAUUUAAGAAAUGCAUACAAUUAAGCAUUUAUAUUUUCAAUAAAUUGUAGAGAUGAGAAUUAAUUCAAGGAUUCUUAACUUAAAUUUUUUAAUACUGUGGGUAGAGUACUAUAUAACAAAAGAUUGGAUUAAUUUAACACACCUAAAUAAUUAACAUAUGAAGAAAUGAUAUCAAAACCAGAACCAAAAUAUUAUUUCAAUCCUUUUUAGUUAUUAGAAACAAUUUAAGUGACUUAAUAGACAUACAGAGGGUAUAAAACCUAAUGUUUAAAUGUAGAUUUUUGUUUAUCAAUUCAUUGAAGUUCUUGCAUGACUUGAAGGAAAUGAAAUAGUUUUAUGAGAUUCAGAGUGAUGCAGAUAUAAUUGAAAAAGGAUUAUGCAGAUAUGAUAGAGUUAAUAUGCAUAUAUUAUUUUUAGUAUUAAGGAGAUAUUUUCAAUAAUCAAUAUUUAGUUAGUUUGAUGGUUACUUUGGGAUAUAUGUAGACUAAUAAACAUGUUAAACCUGCUAAAUCUAUGAUGCUAGCAUUAAAUGGUCCAUUAGAUUAUUAAUUUAGAUAGGAGAGACUUUAAAAGUAAAAUGAGAUCAAAUAACUUAAACCAUUCAAAAGUUAUUAAAAGGAUCUUGUUUUAAGCAUUAUUUAUAAAAAACGAGUUUAAUGUCUCAAUUCUAAAAAUAACUUUAUAUCAUAAAUAUCUGUGGAAGAUGAUCAAUUUGAUUAACAUUGGUUUGAAGAAGAGUAAUUAGAUCAACAAGAAUUCUCAAAAAAAAAAAUUAUGUCAAAGAAAAUUAAUAUAAGAAGCCAUUAAGGAGAUAUGAUUUCUAGAAAUAAAAAUUAGAGAUUGAUUGAUUUCUGUAAUGAAUUAUUUAAUUGA